AGGAAGUUAGUGAAUUCACCUGUUGAGCACAAACAUAAGCGGAAGAUCUUGGAAGCGAUUUAAUACUACUGUACUGGCUCACCGUGGCUAAAAUUCAUGGACAAAUUAAAGAGAGUACUCAGUGGCCAGGACAGUAACGACGACACCAACGUACUGUCAGAGACAGUAUCUGAUGCAACAUCCUUAGGAUGGGCCACAAGGGUGAAAGGGUUCAUUGCCUGCUUCGCAAUAGGUGUACUGUGCUCAAUACUGGGAGUCUGUUUACUGUGGCUGCCUAGAAACGGAAUAGUACUAUUUGCUGUCUUUUACACACUUGGAAAUAUUUCAGCCAUUGGAAGCACCAUGUUUCUAAUGGGACCCUUAAAUCAGAUGAAGAAAAUGGUUGAGCCGACUCGAGCCAUAGCCACUGCUGUAAUGUUGGUGUCUCUGAUCUUAACACUGUGCUCUGCAUUUUGGUGGAAGAACAAAGGGCUUGCUGUGCUGUUUUGCAUCAUGCAGUUUUUCGCAUUUGCAUGGUAUAGUUUAUCCUUUAUACCAUUUGCAAGAGAUGCUGUGAAGAGUUGCUUUUCAGUCUGCUUGUCUUAAAGAUGCCUGGUUCUGCUAAGUGUGUGUGUGUGUGUGUGUAUUUAUAUAUAUAUAUAUAUAUAUAUAUAUAU